AUGGAGUACCAGAACGAGGGUUACGGCCACUCUGUGGUGCCAGACAGACCCGGAAUGGGAGAGCGUCAAAGAUCGCUCCUACCACAGCGUUCAGCAGUUUCCAAAGGGAAGUACUCGCUGAAUGAUUUCCAGAUACUACGUACGCUGGGGACAGGCUCAUUCGGACGCGUGCACUUAGUGCGGUCCGUGCACAACGGGCGCUACUAUGCAAUUAAGGUUCUCAAGAAAGAACAAGUCAUCAGAAUGAAGCAGAUUGAGCACACGAACGAUGAGCGGCGCAUGCUUAAGCUGGUAGACCACCCAUUCUUGAUUCGCAUGUGGGGUACGUUCCAGGAUUCGCGCAAUCUUUUCAUGGUCAUGGACUACAUCGAAGGUGGUGAACUCUUCUCGUUGUUGCGUAAGUCUCAACGUUUUCCAAACCCAGUGGCCAAGUUCUAUGCGGCCGAAGUAAUUCUGGCCCUGGAGUAUCUACAUGCGCAUGAUAUUAUAUAUCGUGACCUCAAGCCGGAGAACAUCUUGCUGGACCGUAACGGCCACAUCAAGAUCACGGACUUCGGCUUCGCCAAGGAGGUCGACACCGUCACUUGGACUCUGUGUGGUACGCCAGACUACAUUGCGCCUGAGGUCAUCGCUACCAAGCCUUACAACAAGUCAGUCGAUUGGUGGUCUCUGGGCAUCCUUAUCUUUGAAAUGCUUGCAGGAUACACGCCUUUCUACGACGCGACGCCUAUGAAAACUUACGAGAAGAUUUUGCAAGGGAAGGUCGCGUAUCCACCCUUCUUCCACCCGGAUGUGGUUGACCUGCUGUCUAAGCUAAUCACCGCAGACCUGACCAGGAGAUUGGGUAACUUGCAAAGCGGGCCCCAGGACGUCAAGUCGCAUCCAUGGUUCAGUGAAGUAAUAUGGGAAAAACUGCUAGCAAAGGACAUUGAAACGCCAUACGAGCCCCCAAUAACCGCGGGAGUUGGUGACUCCUCGCUGUUUGACCAAUAUCCCGAAGAGCAGCUCGACUACGGAAGUCAGGGAGAUGACCCCUUUAUGCAGUACUUCAUCGAUUUCUGA